CCAGGCCUGCGAUGGCAUCUUCUCACCGAGACGUCGUACUUGGCCGACACCCAGGUAUGGUGAUUUGGAAAUGUGCAUUGCAACUAAUCUCAAUCUUUCCCGCGCACUUCAUACCGCUACACAAAUGCAUCUAGCGUACACCACUUGAAGUCUGAUUAACUCCAGUCAAGAUUCGGUUUCUCAGUUUACCUGACCCGACAGGCUUAUGCAAUUGGGGGUGGGACAGGUCAGGUGACUGUCCUUUGUCCAGCAUCUCAUCAUCUGGAUGACAUCUUAACGCCAUCUCACAUGCAACAUGCAUUUAUCCACAUUCAACACCAAACAGAUUUCAUGGCAGACAUUGUCGACGAUUCUGAGCUCCCCAAGAGUACCACGGCCUCCAGUGCCAGCACCCCGACCCCAACCACAGACAAUGAAACCGCAAAGCUAGUCGGCGACGAGCCCCCCUCCGCGGAGAUCCAAGCCAAAGUCGCCACUUACACUGUCCUCGACCGUGAAGGACAGUCACACCAAUACUCGACACUGUACAGCGGUCCAGCUGCUGCCCCCCGCACUCUCGUUGUCUUCAUCCGUCAUUUCUUUUGUGGAAGCUGCAAGGAAUAUAUCGAGGCCCUCUCCAAGGCCAUUUCCCCGGAGUUUCUGUUCCAACUCAGCACCCCAACCUCCGUGGUGGUGGUGGGGUGCGGCGACCCGGGCCUGAUCGACAUCUAUGCAAAGGAGACAGGCUGCCAGUUCCCCAUCUACGCGGACCCCACCCGCAAGCUCGACGAGCAAUUGGGGUUGCUCUCUUCACUGGCGCUCGGCGAGAAGCCAGAGUAUAUUCAGAAGAGCAUGAUGCAGAUCGUGGCCGAGUCGUUCUGGAAGACGCUGAGGCAGCUCCCCAGUGGCUUGGCGCUCAAGGGAGGGGAUUCGCUCCAGAAUGGCGGCGAGUUCCUGUACGAAGCGAGUCCCGCAGGGGGUGAGGAGAGACGCGUGGCGUGGUGUCAUCGCAUGCAAAAUACUCGCGAUCACACUGGGGUGGCAGCCCUAGCCAAGAUCUUGGAGCGGAGGGUGUGAUUUGGUUGUGGUAGUGAGGGUGUUAUAAGGGCUUGGGAAUAGCUUUGAGAUUCGAGCAAUCUGAAUCUCUGAUUAACUUAUAUGUGCUGAUAUUACUUCUUUGUAAACUCACUGGGAUGGGACUGUCUACAAGACUGUCAUGCAGGCAGUGCCUAGGUGAUUUUCACAACAAAUUGCAUUACUCGUAAAA